AGAAAACGAGGAAAAAUAUUCAAAUAGUUUUCAUUUUUGCUCUGGAAUUUGUGGAAUUUUUAUAUCUAUUGAGAGUAAAUUUUGUUCGCUGGCAAUUAAGUGUAGCGUGAAAUCGACAACGGCAAGUCGUAAACAUGCAAGACCUCAUAGGCGAUCCCAUUUUGGCCAAAAUCAACAAUGGCAACAGCGAGCAACACAUGGUUAAAUCGUCAGAGAUACAACUACUUGGCAUGACGAAGGCUUCUUCCUUUGAUAAAAAUGCGGACGAUGAGAAUUCUGCGACCGCAAAACGACAGAGCUCUGCAAAGCCAAAGAAUCCCGAAGAUGAUGACAACCACACACCCUUUCCGGGCAUUUCACGUCUCUCGCCCACUCUCUACCUUUGCGGAGCAGCUGCUGUGGUGCCUAGCUAUAUGGAUAAAUUGGGAAUUACUUGCGUAAUCAAUGUGGCACCAGAGUUACCCGAUACACCCCUAUCCAACACUAGUAAUCCUCUAUACUUACGCAUCAAUGCCCAGGAUCGAUCCGAAGUUGACUUAUCACAACAUUUCGAUGAGGUGGCCGAUUUAAUUGAAGAAGUUCGUCUGAAUGGCGGAGCCACUUUGAUACAUUGUGUGGCCGGAGUAAGUCGCUCGGCCUCCCUCUGCUUGGCUUAUCUGAUUAAGCACGGGGGUUUGAGCAUGCGCGAAGCCUACCAUCAUGUUCAAGCCAUCCGGCCACAAGUGCGUCCGAAUUCGGGUUUCUUUCAGCAAUUGCGACACUAUGAGCAACAAUUAAAUGGUAAUUGCUCAGUGGAAAUGAUAUAUUUUGCAUCGCUCGAUAAGGAAAUUCCCGAUAUUUUGGAGCCACAAUAUAGAGCCAUGGAGGAUUUCUAUCAGAGAUAUCGCAGUUCGCUUAAGAAACGUUAGAAUCCAACUUCUUAGCAAACUCUUGUUUUCUUGUGAUAUAUGUGACAUUAGAUUUUAAGACUUCCGAUGCUGAAUUAUGAAUAUAAAAAUAAACUUAAACAAAUACAAUAAAUA